AAGCAGUCAUUGGCGCCUGGAUGGGCUUUCCUUCAAGAAAUCAACACGGUGAAAACAAGCAAAAAAGUUAUUCGUGAUUUCUUGUUUUAUGGUUAGUUCCAUAGACUCCUGCGCCUAAAUCUCCCCAGUUCUGUGAGCCACCGGGCUGAAUCUGACACGAGACCACAUGGGGCGUCAACUGACGAGACGGCGCUCUCUGAGCUGGGCUUACGAGGGUUGAAGAAUAGGGAGCAAGUUGCCAGCAGAGUAGGCUACACUACCCGAGUUCUGCGAAUACAUUCGCUACUGAUGCCAGGUAUGUUGUUCCGUUUCCAAGGACUGCGUCGCUAAAGUCACCGGUGGAGGAGGUAAAACAAGUGCUUGGAACUAAGUUGGCCCCUGGCGAAUUUUGGAUGAAGAAUUGUCAGAGGGUGUAGGCAACAGUUGUUUAUGCUCAAUAAUUUAACGACAUAGCUAGUUGUUCGGGGUAAUUUAGUUCAUGGAAUUGAUACAUCGACUGAGUCAAGUGGAGAGUCUGUGUAGUCAAGGCUAUAGACUCAACGACGGAUAGAUCCAAAAUUGAGUUAUUGGCUAUUGUGCGUAAUAGGCUUUUAUAAAACUGUUUAUCAGACCGAUUCACUGUAAGUAAGCAGUAGGCUACUCAUUCAGAAGUAGAGCUUCAUUGCCCAGCUACCCAAGAAUUUAGUGCGAGGGACAACAUCAGCAUCCCCGCGAUCGAUCUAGCCUCCUGCGACAACACUGACGCAGAUAGUCUUGCACUACAGUCUACUAUUGUAUCGCAGACCGGUGAUGUUCCAAUAAUUCGGGAUGUUCAUACGGAUAAUGCUUUGAAAUGACAUUUGCUCAAUGAAUGGAAUGGAAUACAAAAACACUAGUGAGCAGAUUGCCUCAUCUCAUUAUCUCUGUGCAAUAGUCACAUCUGCAUCUUAAAAAUAACUGCUUAUCUCGUCUCUCAAACAACCACACAGUCUGGGACUCUAAAGAUUUACAAGAGGGAUUAAAUAUGUCCAAAACGCUUAAGAAGAAGAAGCACUGGUCCGGUAAAGUCCAGGAGUGCGCGCUAUCAUGGGGGAAUGCCGAGGAGUUCGGCUCGGUUGUGGACGUACAAGGGGGAGCAGAGCUGGGAGAAUUCCCAUACCUGGGACAUGUGAUUACUGAGGCAAUGGUCUGUCACGUCGGGAGGUUACCGAACAUCGGGGACGUGCUUCUGGAAGUGAACGGCACCCCUGUCAGCGGCCUGACCAACCGAGACACCCUCGCUGUCAUCCGCCACUUUCGGGAGCCCAUCCGUAUCAAGACCGUCAAACCAGGCAAGGUGUUGAAUACAGACCUGCGUCACUACCUCAGCCUGCAGUUCCAGAAAGGUUCGUUGGACCACAAGCUCCAGCAGGUGAUCAGGGACAACCUGUACCUGCGCACCAUUCCCUGUACCACACGACAGCCCAGAGAGGGGGAGGUUCCUGGGGUUGACUAUAACUUCAUCAGUGUGGGGGAGUUCCGCGUGCUGGAGGAGAGUGGCCUGCUGCUUGAGAGUGGAACCUAUGACGGCAACUACUACGGGACGCCCAAGCCCCCAGCGGAGCCCAGCCCGGUGCACCCUGACCUGGUGGAUCAGGUGCUGUUUGAUGAGGAGUUUGACACCGAGGUCCAGAGGAAGCGCACCACCUCCGUCAGCAAGAUGGACAGGAAGGACAGCGCAGCCCCCGAGGAGGAGGACGAGGAGGAGAGAGAGCGGUCUCCAAUGGUCAACGGGCUCACAGAGCACAAGGACAAGGCUGGGCAGGAGUGGAGGAAGACGGUACCCAGCUAUAACCAGUCCAGUACUGGGGCUAUGGACUUCAGGACUUGGAACACCUUACCACACGACGAGAGCCAGGAGCCCCUGCCCAAGACCUGGGAGAUGGCCUACACAGAGACGGGCAUGGUCUACUUCAUAGAUCACAACACCAAGACCACUACCUGGCUGGACCCCAGGCUGGCCAAGAAGGCCAAGCCCCCGGAGAAGUGUGAGGAUGGAGAGCUUCCGUAUGGCUGGGAGAAGAUUGAAGAUCCACAGUAUGGAACCUACUAUGUUGACCAUAUCAACCAGAAGACCCAGUUUGAGAACCCCGUCCUGGAAGCCAAGAGGAAACUGAGCCUGGACACCCCCUCCUCUGGCCAGCAGGGGGCUACCACACCCUCAGAUGAGCCUGUUGUGGGUGUGAGGGGUUUUGUGCGGGACCCAGCCCACCUUCAGGGCUCCGUCCUGAGGACAGCUCUAAGGAAGAGCCCCCAGGGGUUUGGCUUCACCAUCAUCGGGGGCGACCGCCAUGACGAGUUCCUCCAGGUGAAGAACGUGCUCCGAGACGGCCCUGCCGCGUACGACAACAAGAUGGCCUCCGGUGAUGUGAUCGUGGACAUCAACGGCUUGUGUGUCCUGGGGAAGACCCAUGCCGAUGUGGUUCAGUUGUUUCAGUCUGUCCCAGUCAACCAGUACGUGGACAUGGUGCUGUGUCGGGGCUACCCCCUGCCUGAGGACACCAGUGGGAGUGACGAUGCCGCAGGGGAUGUAGCCACCGCCCUGCCUCUGGCCCCCGAGGCCAGCCCGUCACCUUCCACUUCCAACACCAAGGACAUCCACUACGUCACCAGCCCAGAUGGCACCCUUCCUAGACAGACCACCGCAACUGCAGUACCAACCAUGACCAACGGGGGGCGCCACUAUCCUGAGGGUCCAGACCCCACACUGCUGCAGCCGGAGCUGGUGGGUGUGCCCCUAGUGAAGGGGCCGGGAGGGUUCGGCUUUGCCAUCGCAGACUGCCCCCUGGGCCAGAAGGUGAAGAUGAUCCUGGAUGCCCAGUGGUGCCGUGGCCUGCUGAAGGGGGAUGUUAUCAAGGAGAUCAACCGUCAGAACGUCCAGACACUGAGCCACGCCCAGGUGGUGGACAUCCUCAAAGACCUGCCGGUGGGCAGCGAGGUCCACGUCCUGGUACUCAGGGGAGGUCAGACAUCUCCUGUGAAGUCUCUAAAACCUUGCACUGCUCCCAUGUCGCAGCAGAGGCAGGAGAGGCAGGAGAAGGAGAUGUCCACCAGCCCCGCAGACCCAGCCCUGACCCCGGCCCCCCAGCCCCUUCCCUUCCCCCCCAACACCAUGCGCUCAGCCUCCCCCAAACCCGACCCCUCACAACUCUACCUCAAGUCCAAGGCCCUGCUGGACAGCAAGCCCCCCAACACCAAGGACCUAGAUGUGUUCAUCAAGAGGAACCAGGAGUCGGGCUUUGGUUUCCGCGUUUUAGGAGGAGAGGGGCCAGAUCAGCCCGUGUACAUUGGUGCCAUCGUACCCCUGGGAGCAGCAGAGAAGGACGGGCGUCUGCGGGCAGGUGAUGAGCUCAUGUGUAUCGACGGGGUGCCAGUAAAGGGCAGAUCUCACAAGCAGGUGCUGGAGCUGAUGACCAACGCUGCCCGCAACGGACAAGUCCUGCUGACAGUCCGCAGGAAACUCGCUCACACAGAGGAGGACGUUGGUGGUGGUCAGCAGAAGGUGGCUCCAGCCCUGGUUAACGGCUCUCCCAAGCUGCUCCGCAUCGAGGUCCCUACGGCCAGCUCCCCCCAACACCCAGAGUGCUACAACGUCACCCUGCAACGCAAAGACAACGAAGGCUUCGGCUUCGUAAUCCUGACCUCCAAGAACAAGCCGCCUCCCGGAGUUAUCCCUCACAAGAUCGGCCGCAUCAUCGAGGGCAGUCCCACGGACCGCAACGGUCAGCUAAAGGUGGGCGACCGUAUCUCAGCUGUCAACUCCCAGUCCAUCGUGGAACUGUCCCACAACGACAUUGUCCAGCUCAUCAAGGAGGCCGGCAACACUGUCACCCUCACUGUGGUGCCGGAGGAUGAGAAUAGUGGUCCUGCAUCUGAAACCAGCUCAGCCAAGCAGAGCCCUGCAACACAGCACAGAGCUGUGGGCCAGCAGCCUGCCAGCCACACUGACAGGAAUGAAGACCCUCUGGAUUUGAAGUCCGUCCCACCCAGCGAGCUGGGACAACUCAUCACCUCGGGCCCCAAGCAGGGCUGUUUCCACGUGGAGCUGGAGCGAGGCCAGCGGGGGUUUGGCUUCAGUCUGCGGGGAGGGAAGGAGUACAACAUGGGCCUGUUCAUACUGAGACUGGCGGAGGAGGGCCCUGCGCUGAAAGACGGCAGGAUUCACGUUGGAGAUCAGAUCGUGGAGAUCAAUGGCGAGCCCACCCAAGGCAUCACACACACCCGGGCCAUCGAGCUGAUCCAGGCUGGGGGCACUAAGGUCCUGCUGCUCCUCAGACCUGGCCUGGGCCGGGUCCCCGACCCCAGUAUGAAGGAGAAAGUGAACAUUUCACCCUCAAGCUUUCCAAGACUCUCUGCAUCCGGCCAGCAGUCAUCCCCCGCUUCUCCAUCCUCCAUCUCCCUGUCCACCUCUGAGCUGUCCCCGCCCUCGUCCGCCAACACCACUGCCCCCGAAGAGCCCUCUGACUGGGACAUGUCCGCUGCUGCUGCCCCCUCCCCCUCCAGGCUGCUGGAGCCCAACAAGGCCAGAGGGCAGCAGCCUCACCACCACAGGGGACACACCAGUCCCAACACCCUCCCCAAGAAGAGUGACUCCAUGUCGCACAGCAACAAGCAUGCUAGCCCCAAGAGAGCCACGGAAGCCCGGGCUGAUACCAAAGAGCGCUCUCAGAGCCCCAGGAAGACAGACAGAGGUGACCGAAGCCAGGCAGGGACUGUUGAAAACAAGAACGAGUCUUUAGAGGGAGACGUAAGAAGGGAGAGGAAGGCCCACAGCCACGGCCAGAGAGAGCGCCGGGAGGGCAGAGAGGGACGCUCUUCCAGCCCCAGGAAGACCACCCCUAGGAGGGAUCCAGAGGCAGGAGUCUCUAGGCAGCCCUCAAGGGGCCAGGAUGAGGGUCAGAGGCGUUCUGGAGGGCAGCAGCAUCCCAGCUCCAACCCGGCCUCUGGAGAGGGCACGCAGGGGGGAGAGAGGAGGAGGAGUAAUCAGGAGGAGGACCCCACUCGCAGACAGGAGAGGGAGAGCGAAGGUUGGGGAACCAGCGAGAGCCGUAGGAAGGACAGGGGGGCGGCGCCUCAUAGAUCCCACUCCCAGACACAGAGGGAGAAGGCACGGCCAGACUCUGAGGGCGGAACCCUGCAUCGCAGAGAGGGGGGUCAGAGAGAGGGAAGAGAGAGCAAGCACAGAGAGGCGGCUGAGGAGGAGAAUCCGAGUGAUACCAGGGGUAGCACAAGUAGUGCUGCUAUCCAGGAGCACACAUAUAACGGGAACCCUAGCAGUAAGAAACCGGCCACCAUCACCCCGGGGCCGUGGAAGGUCCCCAGCUCAGCCAAGAUACACCCUCAUGCGGAGGGUAACUGAUGCGUUGUAGACAGACUAACCCGUCCAUAACAGAUGCAUACAAGACUACAGUUCUGCUCACCUGCAUUGAUGAUAUUUAGAAUGGACCAAUGAGGAGUGUAGGGGAUUGAGGUUAUUUUGCAUCACUGUGUUACUCCUCAUCAUCACAUUGCCUCCUAUUGCAUAUCAAUGAUUAUUUUCACAGUUUGCCUCAGCCAACCUUCCAGGCUGUCUUAAUGUUCAAAGUGCAGUCAGUUUGUGGCUCUGCAGUGGUAGUGGGUGCCUGUCUGAUGUGAAGGACAGUGAAAUCCAAUCUGUUUUGUGCCAAUCAGAGACUCGGACAUGCUGGGAAGGGAGUUGGUUCAUGUCCUGUAUAAUCCUUUCUGUGAAACUCUUUUUGUCGGUAAUGAAAGGAGGCUUUGAUGAAGGAUGCUGCUUGUCACUCUGUAUGAAGGUUUGAAGGAUGGGCUCGUAUCCAGGCAAAAUCACUCAGCGUUUUGUGUUCCUGGUGGGAUUGAUCCACUGCUGUGUCCCUGAUGGGUGUAUAAAAGAGGUGAUGGCGAUUACUCCUCGAGUCACUGGGAGAUGAAGGGGGAUUGGGUUUUCAAUGAUUGUCUGUCCAUAUCCAGUCCAGUCAUGCUCUCUGUGUAGACUCUGAAUCGCUGUUAUCAGCUUUGCAGUAGAUUUUAGAUCAUUACGACAACGCUUUAUAUGCAUCUAUCUGAUGACCAUACACUUGUGGUUAGGUAUAUUGUUUACUUACUGCUACACGUGUGUUUAUUAUGAAGCACAUAGUAAUUUAUUGAGAUGAACUAUGACAAAAUAUAUAUAUAUAUAUAUAUAUAUAUAUAUAUAUAUAUAUAUAUAUAUAUAUAUAUACACACACACUAUCUACGUAUUCAUAUGCUACAUUUGGAUGUAGUGAGCGAAGCAUAGAAAUAGAAUGUGUAGAAGAGACAUAACCACUGAAAAUGUAAAUGUGUUUUUUUAGCCACAUAGACACCUGUGGGAGUACUUAAAAAAUUGCUCAUGACUACUGUGUUCUAGUGUACAUUACAUAUGCAUCACUGUAUCAAUUGAACUGUGCCACCAUGUUGGAUGAGCCACGUAAAUGACAUAUGGACUACUAGAUAAUUGUGUAUGUCAGUCUAUGAUCCCUAUACAUUCUAUUUCUAUCCAUUCACAGCCUGUUCCAUCCUUAAUCCGUGUUGUUGUUUAUUGUCAGCAGCUAUUUAAGGUCUUCUGGCAAAAUGUGUAUACUACAAGCUGACAGGUAUUUAUUUUAGAUAUUGCUGUAGCUUUGACUGUACGUUAUCUCAUGUGUCUUAUUUAGCAAGGUGUUUCCUAAUCUAAAUGUGGGGGUAAAUUAGCUGUAUAAACAGAUUGACGUUCAAAGUUGAGACCUUUGCAAUUUUUUUUGUUGCGACAUAGCAGUUUUUCUUAUUCUAACGUGCACAUCAAAAUGUGCUUUGAAUUGUGCACCAGUCCAAGAUGUUAAUAUUCAAUCAAUCUAAAGACUACAGUAAUACCCAGGUAAUACCAAACAUAUCGUGGUUUAUUCUGAUACACUUUAGACUAUAGUGCCCUCUCCUGGAGGAUGUAAAGAAACGGUCAGAAUCCCUGAAACCCGAGUUUCACGACCACUACAUAAUGUUAAACAAUUGUUAUGGUAUAGCCUACUCUGUUUUAGGGCAUAAAUGAUGUAGCAUGUAUGAAACAUAUCUACUAAGACCUUUACGUUUGUGUGUCCAGCUUAAAGUCUGUUUAAACAAAGCAGUCUUUUCUUCCUAGCAACCAUGGAAAACAAGGGAUUUUACGUACGGCAUUGAAUUAUGCACUCACAAUGUAUGGAGUAGCUUUCAAAUGAAAAUCUAUUGAGAAACGGAUUAGUCCGCGAUGCUUGUCCUGUGGUGUGGUUCAAUUCACAUUUUGCCAUCUCUUGAUAAAAUCUUAGAAAAGUAUACUGAUUUUGAUGAACUCUUCAGUUAUGUAUAGUUUCCCUUUUACAUCCUUAUUGUUCAUGUCACGUGUGUCUAUAUAAUAAUGUGGCCUUGCAUUGCUUCAACAGAACAGCCUUCUGGUCUCUACAUUAUGUGGUAGUUGUAAAUGUUUAUAAAUUGUACAGCACCUGUAUAAAUACUUACCUUCAUUCCCCAAAAAAUGAUGUAAAUCGCUCUAUUAUUUUUUUAAGUAAUUAAGAAGAAAAUAAAAUGGUGAGAGGAAGUAACCUGGUCUUGGCGUUCUGUUCAUGCACUGAUAAAUAAAGUUUGAAAACUUACUCAUA